AUGUCAGUAGUUAAAUUGAUAAAAGAUAGAAUUUACAUUUGGUUCACCUUCUGGGUUUACAAGAAAUUCACAAUCAUGCAGUAUACUUCAGAUGAAGCCUAUGCCCGGCUUAUAAGUCAUAAUAUGACUGUUCCACAAAGAAUUAAGGCAACAGGAGAUAUUGUUGAUGAUGAAAAUCCACCUAAUGGAUUUAUACCAGGGUGGGAUUAUGCUAAUGAAAAAUUUGACAUGAAAGUACCUGAAAGGAUACUUGUUGUUGGCCAAGAUCAGCACAUAGGAACUAAAGCUCCGCCCAGAGAAAUCCAAUUAGACAAUGCCGUUCUUCCAACUGAUCCAGGAAUGAUCCGCGUUAGCACACCACCGCGAGUUAUUACACUUGACCAGCAUUACUUCCCAUCAGCUGAUGAUUUCCCGCCAGGCUCAGCUACUUCACCCCCUCGGAAUGUUAGAACAGCACGUACUAAAGUGGAAGGUUUUCAUUCAACGAUGUCUAAUGCUGCCGAUAAUCUUAACGAGUCGACUAUGACAGAAUCCCGUUUGGUUCUAAGAGAUCCCACUCCACCAAUAAGUAAUGGGGAAGGACUCUCAGCGGCUGAAGAAUUGGUUCACCUGCGUCGUCAAAUUGUGAAACUUAACCGGCGCGUUAUGGCGAUUGAAGCUGAAUCGCUUCAAAGGCAACAAAGGGAAAAAAUUGCUUACGCAGUUAGUGUUGCCUAUUUGAUAUUCAAGGUUAUCGCUUGGCUUAACAGAUCUUAA